AUGUACACUCGCAAAGUGUUUAAAGGGACUUACCAUGCGGAGAUCGAGCUCCGAGACCGUGAAGAAUCGGUAUACAUCCUUCUCCGGCUGAGACAACCCAACUCGAAGCCAAACAAAGUCCACACAUGUGAUUAUCCGAUCAGCGGCUUCCCUCGCAAGUUCAUUGUGGAGAAUGAGAGAAAUGCGUCGAGACUUCAGAAGCGAGUGCAGGAGCUGGCAAGACGUCGUGAAGCUGCGAGCGAGGCGGCCGCUUCUUUGCCACUGUCACCAACCAUCCAACCCGUUGCCUCGAGAUCGUCAUACAACAUUACUCGCGUGUCGACUACAGAGAGCCUGACGGAUUCGGAUACGGAGCAGGACGACGGACUCUUGUCAGAGCAAGUGUUGAAAGAGUAUGAGGCGUGGUCUAUACGAGACUGA